AUGGCCACCAUCCUAAGCACUAUGAAGGCCCUCAUUCUCGUUAAGGUGAACACUAUUGCCCUUAACCCCGCGGACUUUAAGCACAUUAACCGGCUCUUAACUAAGGGCGCUAUCGCCGGCUGUGACUACGCUAGCGUGAUUGCUAAGGUUGGCGGCGACGCUGCCACUGCCAGCUGGAAGGUCGGCGACCGUGUGGCCGGCUGGGUCCACGGCGGGCUGUGGCAGGACCGCGGCAGCUUCGCGCACGUGUUGGACCUCAACGCGAGCACGUACGGCGCCUACGCCGCCACCGCCAUCCUCGGCCUACAAGAGCACCUCGGCCUACCCUGGCCUAACACGAUAACGACGACAACGACCACCACUACCACUAGCGAACCCAUCCUUAUCUACGCGGCCUCCACUAGUAUGGGGCUCUUCGCUAUGAACCUCGCUAAGCUUACUAGCCGCACCGUCGUGGCCACGGCCUCGCCGUAUAACUUCGACCUAGUGUGGCGCCACGGCGCUAACGCCGUCUUCAACUAUAAGUCGCCGACCUUAGCCGCCGACAUCCGCGCAGCCUACCCGUCCCUACGCUAG